AUGUUCAAUUCCAGGUGUUUCUUUAACCACACUACGUAUACAAUGUCACAGAAGAUAUACUUCGAGCCCAACCAUCUUGAAAUUGAAUUGAUCCAAGAUGACACUUCAUAUGAAUACAAGGGAAAGCAAGUGGAUAGACUGGAAGCAGCCACAAUCGUCAAAACUAUCCCCAAGAGCUUAAUUGAAAAAGGCGUUUACAUAAUCGACUCAAUUAACUCUGGGAUUGGUCGAUCUGAUAAAAAAAACCUUUACACGCAUAUAAUCAAACCUUUAUUUGAAUCAUUAAAUAUAAAGUAUCAACAUUUCAAGACGGAGAGUGCCAGUUCAAUCAGCGAAUUUGCUUCCAACUUUCAAGACCGUGACGCCACAAUUAUUUUCCUCAGUGGAGAUACGUCUAUUACGGAAUUCAUAAAUGCGCUCAACCCAUCAGACUCGGGCUCAAUUUCAAUUUUCCCUAUUCCCGUUGGAACCGGUAACAGUUUUGCUUUAUCCUUGGGAUUGACCGACCCCUUAACAUCGAUUGUACUGUUAUUGCAAGCUGAAAGCGUCGCACCGUUAUACCUAUAUACCGCUGAUGUCCCCACGGGUACUCGUUAUUUGAUACAAGAUGAACUAAAAGAAGAAGUUGACUCACCUACACAUUUUAUCGUUGUCUUUUCAUGGGCAUUUCAUGCAAGUUUGGUCGCCGAUAGUGAUACCCCGGAGUUACGCAAACAUGGGAUUCAAAGAUUCAAAAUAGCUGCUCAGAACAACUUGAGUAGGGAGCAGAAAUAUGAAGCGGACUUUUUAAUCAAUGACGAGGUAAUCGCUGGUCCGUUUGCCUACUGGGUGUUAACUCCGUCGAGAAGAUUCGAACCAACAUUUGAUAUUUCACCUAAAGGAAAUAUCUUUGACGACAAUCUAUACUUGAUUGCAUUUCGUACAAAACCCAAUGAUGAUAGUUAUAUAAUGGAUAUUAUGAAACAAGUGUAUGAUGGAGGGAGCCAUACAGAGAACCCAGAUGUAAUUUAUCGCCAAAUUACGCCCAAAGACAAAGUACAAUUGAAGUUAAAGAAUUCAAAGCAGUUGCUUAAGAGAAGAUUUUGUGUCGAUGGAAGUAUCAUUGCCCUUCCUUCUGCUGAAGAGAGUACUGUUACAAUACAAGUGAAGGACAAUACGUUAGGUGAGUGGAAGUUGUAUAUAUUACAUUAA